GGAGGAGGAGGAGGAGGAGGUGGCGGCGGCGGUGGCGGUGGCGGAACAGGCAUCAAUAACACGCACGCCGUUUGCGUCUGGGAGUUUGAGUCGCGCGGCGGCAAAUGGUUGCCCUAUUCGCCGGCCGUGUCACAGCAUUUGGAGCGUGCGCAUGUCAAGAAAUUGACGCGGGUCAUGCUCAGCGAUGCAGAUCCCAGCCUGGAGCAAUACUAUGUCAAUGUACGCACCAUGACCCAGGAGUCGGAUACCGAAUCGGAGGCGGGCCUGCUGACAAUCGGGGUGCGGCGCAUGCUCUAUGCGCCCAGCAGUCCGGCGGGCAAGGGCACCAAGUGGGAAUGGUCUGGCGGCAGUGCGGACAGCAAUUGCGAUUGGCGGCCAUACAACAUGCACGUGCAGUGCAUCAUUGAGGAUGCGUGGGCGCGUGGCGAACAAACAUUGGAUCUGUGCCAAACGAACAUCAGCCUGCCCUAUACCAUUAACUUUUGCAAUUUAACGCAAAUGCGCCAGCCGAGCGGUCCAUUGCGCAGCAUACGCCGCACACAGCAGGCGCCCUAUCCGCUGGUCAAGCUGACGCCGCAACAGGCGCUGCAGCUGAAGGGCAAUGGGCAUGACUACGCGGCCAAUCAUCAUCAGCAGCAGCGCAACAAUACGCUGCCCAAAAUGGGCGCCAUGCUGCCGCCUAUGCAUCGCCAGCAGCAUCCGUUGCCCAUGCCCGUGAGCAAUGGACAUCACCAGCAGAAGCAGCAACAGCAGCAACACCAACAACAUCAGCAGCAUCAGCAGCAUCAGCAGCAACUGCAGCAACUGCAGAAACAUUCACAUGCACAACAUGCACAACAUGCACAACAGCAGCGCAAGCCGCACAAGAAGCACAGCGAGAUUUCGACCACGAAUCUGCGCCAGAUACUGAACAAUCUGAACAUAUUUGGCAGCAGCACCAAGCACAGCAGCAGCAGCCACAGCAGCAGCAACUGCAGCGGCAAUCAUCUGGCGACGGCAACAGCGGCCAGCAGCUGUGCCUCAAAUGUGGUCGGGUCAACGCUGCACUUGAUGCAGCAUCAGCAUCAGCAUCAGGCGCACUUCUCGCACAGCAGCAAAAGCAUGUUGACCUCGUCGAUGAACAGCCAUCAUAGCCGCUGCUCGGAGGGCUCAUUGCAGUCGCAGCGUAGCAGCCGCAUGGGAUCGCAUCGUUCGCGUUCGCGCACGCGUGCCUCGGAUACGGACACGAACAGCGUUAAGUCGCAUCGCCGCCGGCCGAGCGUGGAUACCGUCUCCACGUAUCUCAGCCAUGAGAGCAAGGAGAGCCUGCGCAGCCGUAAUUUUGCCAUAUCUGUGAACGAUCUGCUCGACUGUUCGCUGGGCAGUGAUGAGGUGUUUGUGCCAUCGCUGCCGCCAUCGUCGCUGGGCGAACGUGCGCCGGUGCCGCCGCCACUGCCCAUGCCGCAUCAUCAUCAGCAGCAUCAGCAGCAUCAGCAGCAACAGCAGCAGCAUCAGCAGCAACAGCAGCAACAGCAGCAGCAACAGCAGCAACAACAGCAGCAGCAAUCAAUCGCUGGUUCGAUUGUGGGCGUGGACCCGGCCAGCGACAUGAUAUCGCGCUUUGUGAAGGUCGUUGAGCCGCCGCUGUGGCCGAACGCACAGCCCUGCCCCAUGUGCAUGGAGGAGCUGGUGCACUCGGCACAGAAUCCUGCCAUAUCGCUAAGUCGCUGCCAGCAUUUGAUGCAUCUGCAGUGCCUCAAUGGCAUGAUCAUAGCACAGCAGAAUGAGCUAAACAAGCAAAACCUAUUCAUCGAGUGUCCCGUUUGUGGCAUUGUCUAUGGCGAGAAGGUGGGCAAUCAGCCCAUUGGCACCAUGUCCUGGAGCAUCAUAAGCAAAAGUUUGCCCGGCCACGAGGGCCAGAAUACCAUACAGAUUGUAUACGACAUUGCGUCGGGCCUGCAAACCGCUGAGCAUCCGCAUCCGGGACGCGCCUUUUUCGCCGUUGGAUUUCCGCGCAUCUGCUAUUUGCCAGACUGUCCGCUGGGGCGCAAAGUGUUGCGCUUCCUGAAGAUCGCCUUCGAUCGACGUUUGCUGUUUUCGAUUGGACGUUCGGUGACCACCGGGCGUGAGGAUGUGGUCAUUUGGAAUAGCGUCGAUCAUAAGACACAGUUCAAUAUGUUCCCAGAUCCCACCUACUUGCAGCGCACCAUGCAGCAGCUGGUGCAUCUGGGCGUUACGGAUUGAAU